AAAUAGGGGCCUUGAAUUCAGUGAGAGAAAUCUUCCUGGUACUGUCGGGUUUUCAAGGCAAAAUUCAAUGGAAUCUAGGAAAUUGCGAAGGAAAUCACUAGGCGAAUGAAAUGUAGUAUACACAAUGGAUCUACAAUUUUUUCGUCUUCUAGAAUUAGAGGAUAUGCUGGGGAUGAUAGUUCUUAUGACUUCUCUGAAAAUGAAUCUGUAGAGGAAUCAGAGAUAACAUCGGCAACCUUGGCAAACUCUGUAGACUUAAGUAAUCAUAGCAGGCCAUCAUCCCGUUCAAGUGAAUCAUCUGUUUGUAGAGAGGCAAAGAAGAGAUUAUCAGAGAGGUGGAAAAUGACGCACAAGUCUCAACAGGGGCAAGCCAUCAACAGGGGCAGCACACUGGCUGAAAUGCUUGCUAUAACUGAUAAGGAAAUGAAUGCAGCAAAUUUUAAGAUUACGUCUUCUGGGGGAGGUUACCAUAAUAAGUUUGCUACUAAGAGCACACCUGCUGGGUCGGUUGAACCUUUGGGUAUCAGUAGUAAGGAUGGUUGGAAGGAUGGGUAUAUGGGAAGUCUGUCAAGAUCAAGAUCUCUUCCUGCUUCAUCCGCAGGAUUUGGAAGUCCUAGGACACUUCAUGCUGAUCGAUUUAUUAUGCCAAAGGAAGCCCUUAAGCGGGAAAGAAGAAAAGCUGCAAAGAGUUUUUAUCAGCAGCAAGGUUUGAAUACCAGAAACUUAAAAUCUGGUCACAAGAAGUCCUGGUCUUCUCAUUGUACAAAUAUGGAAAUUUAUGAUUCUUCACCAGACAUGAACACAAUCCAAGAUAAAGUGAAUGCCAAGCCUGAAGAAGAUCCACCCAAGAUAGAAGUUCCAUCAUCUGGUUCAUUAACUGAGAUCCUCAGAGAUACAAGUGUGAUUACUGAAGAUGUGGUGGAUGCAGCACCAAAAGCCCAGCUGGGUCUUCUAAAUCUCCUGAUCCAGACCUUCGAGAAUUACCUUCUGGUAUAUCAACCAGUGGCAGCCCUAGUGCUGUUGAAGGAGACAGUUUACUGCAGCAGGUUAAGUUUUUUGGAUUUCCAGUUGAUAUGCAUACAUUUGGGUUCUUUUUCCUUAACUUUGUGUUUUGGUGGGAUGUUGCUUCUCUCUACUGAGCCGUCAGUUGGUUCUUCCAGUGGAAGUUCGGUCUCCUCUCAACCAAUUGUACCAGGACUCGAAUCUUCAUGCUGUAAAGAGGCUGAUCAACCAAGUCCAGUUUCUGUCCUGGAGCCUUCAUUUACAGAUGAUCUAUCAUCUUGUUCUGAAUGCUUUGAAAGUCUUAGCGCUGACCUCCAAGGUCUUCGAAUGCAACUUCAGCUGCUAAAGUUGGAAUCCGAAGAAUGUGUUGAGGGACCCAUACUGAUUUCAAGCGAUGAUGAUCGUGGGGAAGCAUGUCUUGGAAUUUCAGAAGGGAAUGGAUUACGUGGAGAUAGCUGGGAGUCUUCCUACAUUAUUGAUGUCCUGUCUGAGUCUGGCAUUGAUGGGGCCUAUCCCCUUUCUUAUUCGGAAGGAUGGUACUCUCCCGAGUGGCCUGUGAGUCCAACAGUGUUCGACGAACUUGAAAAGAGGUACUCUGAUCGUAGUGCUUGUUCAAGGCCUGAAAGGAGGAUGCUUUUUGACCGUGUGAAUUCGGGCAUCGUUAAGAUCUACAAGCAAUUUGAGAAUGAUCGGCCAUGGUUAAAUCCCAAGGUAACAAAUAUUGGUUCCAGACUGAUGAAAAAGAGGCUCCAAGAUGAUCUGUGCACUUUGCUGAAGAGCCAAGAAAAAGUAAAGGAUGACGCUCUGGGAAAGGUGCUUGUAAUGGAGUCGGAGUGGUUGGACGUGAGAGAUGACGUCGACACAAUAGGGUGGGAAGUUGAGAGAUUGCUAUUAGAUGAUCUAGUGGCAGAAGUCGCUGGUUCAUUAGACAUUUUGACCCCAAAGUAGGGAGCCGCGUCUUAUGUAAGAUCAAUUAGUGCAACCGUAAUUUCAUCGAAAGAUGAAUAAAAGGAUCUCAAUCUUUUUCAUGAAACCGAAUUUCGAAUUUCUAUGUGGGAAAUAUAUAUAUAUAUGUGCCUUGGAAGCCGUGUCGCAUCUUGGGAAAUUUUGCAUUUGUGGCUUCAUCAACGAUUGCUGGUAUGCUAAAGAUGCUGUUGGUGGCAA